AAAAAAACACUCCACACACAAGCUGUUUGAAGAUAAUGUCCUCUUUUCUAAAACAUGUUUUUAAGGCGGCUUUGAACCUGAAAAACAGAAUUGGAUAACGUUACGCUCCUAUGCAGGGGCAGUAUUGUAAUCAGGAGGGGGUGUGCGUGUCUGCAUUCAUUUUUAUAGUUGGUUCUAUUAAGCUCUGUGCUGCCUUCAAAACAUUCAAGGAUUCAAGAAAAUGUCAAACAUGGCGAGAAGGAAGAGGGGCACGGAUUCUACUGCCUUGCUCUUUUCUUUACUUCUCUCAGUUCUCCGUUCGGGAUUUACUCAGAUCCUCGUAAAUGAAGUGACUGGGUUCAGUCUCCAUCCCCCUUAUUUCAACAUCGCCGAGGGAGCACGGAUCUCUGCCACAGCGACCUGCGGAGAAGAUGAAGCUGCCAGGCCCAAGUCAGAGCUCUACUGUAAGCUCGUUGGAGGACCCACGGCCGGGCUACCUAGCCAAACGAUACAGGGCCAGUACUGUGAUUACUGCAAUUCAAACGACCCCAAUAAAGCUUACCCGAUCACUACUGCGAUAGAUGGGACAGAGCGCUGGUGGCAAAGCCCACCUCUUUCUCGGGGGCUGGAGUACAAUAAAGUCAACGUCACCUUGGACUUGGGUCAGCUCUUCCAUGUGGCGUAUGUCCUUAUCAAGUUUGCUAAUUCUCCCCGCCCGGACCUUUGGGUUCUUGAAAGGUCAGUAGAUUUUGGGAGGACCUACACCCCUUGGCAGUACUUUGCACAUUCCAAAAGAGAUUGCAUUGAAACUUUUGGAAAGGAUCCCAAACAUCGUGUUGUAAAAGAUGAUGACCAAAUCUGUACGACCGAAUAUUCUCGAAUAGUGCCUUUGGAAAACGGGGAGAUUGUUGUGUCUCUGGUGAACGGUCGCCCGGGAGCCAAGAACUUUUCAUAUUCUCCUGUCCUGAGGGACUUCACCAAGGCCACAAACAUUCGCCUGCGAUUCCUCCGAACGAACACCCUCCUGGGACACCUGAUAUCAAAAGAACAGCGUGACCCCACAGUCACAAGAAGGUAUUAUUACAGCAUAAAGGAUAUAAGCGUGGGUGGGCGUUGUGUUUGCCAUGGACAUGCACAGGUGUGUGAUGCCAGGAAUUCUGAAAAUCGGUAUCAACUGCAGUGUGACUGCCAGCAUAACACCUGUGGGGAAUCUUGUGAACGGUGCUGCCCAGGAUACAACCAGAAACCAUGGCGAGCAGCGACCACUGGAAGUGCCAACCAGUGCGAGCCCUGUAACUGCCAUUCGCAUGCCAGUGAAUGCUAUUAUAACCCUGAAGUUGAUCGCAGGGGUGCAAGUUUGAACAUAAAUGGCAAGUAUGAAGGUGGUGGAGUGUGCAUCAACUGCCAGCACAACACAGCUGGCAUUAAUUGUGAGCGGUGUUCUCAAGGCUACUAUCGUCCCUAUGGAGCUCCCAAGGAAUCACCUUAUAGCUGCACCCCUUGCAGAUGUGAUCCCCAGUACACUGACAGCUGUGAAGAAGGUUCGGGACGCUGCUACUGCAAACCAAAUUUCAGUGGAGAAAACUGUGACCAAUGUGCAGAAGGACACUUUGGUUUCCCUCAGUGUGUCCGAACUCCUAUAUAUCGACCAACCAAAGACCCUUCUGCAGAACAUAUAGUAGAAACUAAUGAUUGCCCUGCAGGCUACUUUGGACCACCGAACUGUCAACCUUGCCAGUGCUCUGGACCCGGGGUAUUAGAGCAAACCUGCGGAUCCCAGACUGGGGAGUGCAGAUGUAGACCAGAAUUUCAAGGCCGAUUCUGUGACCGCUGUGCAGUGCAGCAUUUUAAUUACCCCUACUGUCAAGCAUGUACUUGUAACACUGCGGGGACCCAGCCACAAGUCUGUGACGCAACUGGUCGCUGUCUCUGCCGGCAGGAGGUUGAAGGCUCUCGGUGUGAUCAGUGUCGCCCCGGGUACCACUCCUUUCCUAACUGUGAUGUUUGUUCCUGUGAUGGAUUUGGAGCAGUGGACAAUAUCUGUGGCCCUAGAGGUCAGUGUCGCUGUAAAAGCAACUACGUGGGACUGACAUGCAGUCAAUGUGCCCCAGGACACUACGAGUACCCCAGUUGUUUCCCAUGCCAGUGCUCACCCGAUGGCUCCUAUCAGAUCUCCUGUGACCAGGUGUCUGGCCAGUGCUCCUGUAGGCCUGGUGUAACUGGACAGCGCUGUGACAGGUGUGCCGCAGGUGGCUUUGACUUCCCUCGUUGCCAAGUCAGUCACUGUGAUCCAGCAGGCACAGAAAUAAAUGUUCUUGAACCACAGUUGCCGGAUGUCUGCCAGUGUCUGCCAGAUGUCGAAGGUCCUACUUGUAACAAGUGUAAACCACUUUACUGGAACUUAGCUCCAGAGAACCCCACCGGGUGCAUAGAGUGUCAGUGUGACGUGAAGGGAACAAUCAGUGGAGUCGGGCAAUGUCAGCAAAAAAAUGGUCAAUGCUUCUGCAAACCAAACACCUGCAGUCACACCUGCAAUACCUGCAAAGCUGGAUACUUCUGGUUAGAGAGAAGAAACUAUUUUGGUUGCAGAGGCUGCCAGUGUGACAUUGGAGGCUCUGCCAGCCUAACAUGCGAUGAGAGGUCGGGAACGUGCUCCUGCAGAAAAAAUGUGGAGGGGCGCACCUGUAACCAGCCAGAAAAGGGCUAUUACUUCCCUGAUCUGCAUCAUUUGAAGUAUGAAAUUGAGGAUGGCACCACACCUAAUGGGAGGACAGUGCGCUUUGGUUAUGACCCCCAGGAGUUUCCAGGGUUCAGCUGGAGGGGCUAUGCAACCAUGUCUCCAGCUCAGCCAGAGGUGGUCCUGCCAGUCACUGUGCCUUCUCCUAGCCCCUACCACAUAAUAGUCCAUUACGCGACCCCGACUUCCAAAAGGGCGUUAAGAGGGAUGAUCUCUGUGGCUGAGGAAGUACAUUUUCACUCUUGUUGUAACUGGCCAGUGCAAAGGAAGGAGAUCCUUUUCCCAUCGAGUCCUGAGCCGGCAUUCAUCACUGUUCCAGGGAGCGGUUUUGCUCAGUCGUUUCCACUCACCCCUGGAAAGUGGAUUGUCAGCAUUAAGGCUGAAGGAGUGCUCCUGGACUACUUGGUGCUACUGCCUAGCAAUUAUUUCGAAGCUCCUAUCCUGCAGUUGAAGGUGACUGAGCCCUGCAGUUAUGAGACCACCCAGGAGAACAAUCAUAAAAACUGCCUGCUGUAUAAACAUAUCCCGAUGGACAGGUUUCCCAGUGUACUGGGCACAGAGGGUUUGUAUUCGGUUCGAGGCAGGCGCAAGAGGCAAGCUCGUGUCCGGCAGCCCACGCCAGAACAUCCAGAGAUGGCCGUAUUCAAUGGCAGACAGGCUAAAGUACAACUAAGACUAAGAGUGCCCCGGCCUGGCAAAUAUGUGGUGGUUCUAGAGUAUUCCAACGAAGAGGACACUGUUCAAAACGUGAACGUACUGUUAAACAAUCUGCCAGGUGCAGUCACACAGGGACGAGCAAAUAUCUACAGCUGCAAAUACAGUUUCCUGUGUCGUAGUGUUGUUGUCGAUGGAAAGAAUCGCAUUGCUGUGUAUGACUUGCCAAAUAAUGCAGAGCUGCUUCUACAGGCGUCAACAGCCAAUUUUCUUCUGUACAAAGUAUAUGUUGCACCUGCUGAGGAUUUCUCCACAGAGUAUGUCAAUCCGAAGGUCCACUGCAUUGCAACUCAUGGACAUUUUACAGAAAAAAGUAGCUUGUGUGUGACAUCCCAGUUUGAAGUACCGCCAACAGCAAUACUUCUGGAUGCAGUUAAAGAUGGCCGGCUUUCAUAUGGAUCAGAGGCGUCACAAUCAAACGUGCUGCAUCGUAACAUAGGGGACACUGGUGCAUUGUCUCCCCUCAAUCCCAGAGGGGAGGGUGUGCUGUUAAAAUCCCCACAGAAUCAAAUUACCUUCAAGACACGGGUCCCCAGUGUGGAUCGUUAUGUAUUUGUCGUGCAUUUUCGUCAACCAGAGCAUCCCUCAUUUCCUGUGGAAGUGCUGGUGGAUGGUGGGAGACCCUGGGUGGGCUCCUUCAAUGCCUCUUUCUGCCCUCAUACCUCUGGUUGCCGUGAUCAAGUCAUUGCAGAAAACCGCAUUGCCCUGGAUGUCACUGACCAAGAACUCUUAGUUAACCUGAAAGUUCCAAACGGGAAGACACUGACAGUGGGUUACAUCUUGGUCAUUCCUGAGAAUAAUUAUAGCCCAGAUCAACUUGAUGAAAAUUCUUUGGAUCAGUCUUCUGAUUUCAUCAACAACUGUGGCGGGAACAGCUUUUACAUUGACCCACUUACAUCAACACAGUUCUGUAAGGAUUCUGCUAAGUCACUGGUUGCGUUCUUCAAUGAUGGAGCUCUCCCGUGUUACUGUGACAUGUCUGGAGCCACGAGCCCUAACUGUAACCCUGCAGGGGGCCAGUGCUCAUGCAGGUCCAAUGUAAUCGGACGGCAGUGCAGUCGCUGUGCAACUGGCUUUUAUGGGUUUCCGUACUGUAAACCUUGCAGCUGUGGCAGGCGACUGUGUGAUGAAGUCACUGGCCAGUGUAUCUGUCCGCCCCAGACGGUCAAGCCCUUGUGUGACGUCUGUGAGACGCAGGCAUUCAGCUACCAUCCUCUAGUGGGAUGUGAGGGCUGCAACUGCUCUAGAACCGGGAUCAUCAACACUGGAAACACAGACUGUGACAGGGGCAGCGGGCAGUGCAAGUGUAAACCAAGAAUAGCUGGGCGUCAGUGCAACCGCUGUGUUGUUGGUUCUUAUGGAUUCCCUAACUGUAACCCUUGUGACUGCAACCAAGGUGGGACUCAGCCUGACGUGUGUGAUCCUCACACCGGACAGUGUCUCUGCAAGGAAAAUGUUCAAGGUACAAGAUGUGAUACUUGUCGCCCAGGAUCCUUUUACUUUGAUCCAGCCAACCCCAAAGGGUGUACUAGCUGUUUCUGCUUCGGAGCAUCUGAUCAGUGUGAGGGAACAGAUCAGCGCAGAAGUAAGUUUGUAGAUAUGAAAAUGUGGAGGCUUGAGAAACUGAAUAAAGAAGGAAUCCCUGUAGUCUUUAACCCUGGAAGUAGCACAGUAGUGGCUGAUGUUCAGGAACUUCCUGUCUCUGUACAUGACCUGUACUGGGUGGCUCCGCCCUCCUACUUCGGGGAUAGGGUUUCCUCCUAUGGUGGCUAUCUUACCUACCAGGUGAAAUCCUUUGGAUUACCAAGUGAAGGCAUGGUUCUGUUGGAGAAGAGGCCAGAUGUUCAGCUUAGUGGGCAGCAUAUGACAUUACUAUAUCUGGACCCACAGAACCCUUCUCCAGACAGGCUGUACCAGGGGAGAGUUCAGUUGGUGGAGGGUAAUUUCAGACAUGCCACCACCAACAGCCCAGUAUCAAGGGAAGAGCUGAUGAUGGUUUUAGCUGGCUUGGAUGGUUUGCGUAUCAGAGCCCUUUACUUCACAGAAAGCCAGCGUCUCGCCUUGGGCGAGGUCGGCCUUGAGGGAGUCAGUCCCACAGGAAGUGGAGUCACUGCCAGCAAUGUCGAGGUCUGCACAUGCCCAGCUGAAGACAGGGGGGAUUCAUGCCAGAAAUGUGCUCCUGGCUACUACAGAGACAAUAAGGGCCUGUACCUGGGUCGCUGUGUGCCGUGCUUCUGUAAUGGACAUUCUAACACCUGUGAGGACGGGUCUGGAAAGUGCUUGAACUGUCUGAGGAACACUGCGGGAGACAACUGUGAACGUUGUAUGGAGGGUUACUAUGGAAACGCAACCCAAGGGACCUGUCAAGUCUGCCCAUGUCCUCUUGCUAUAACAUACAACAGCUUUGCCACUAGCUGUAAGGAAGUUGGAGGACGCUUUGAGUGUUUGUGCAAGCCUGGCUACACUGGAUCCAAGUGCCAAUGGUGCGCUCCAGGCUACUAUGGUGACCCAAUAGCAUUGAACGGAAAAUGCAGUCCCUGUAACUGUGGCAAUAAUGGAAACCCUGGAAACUGUGAUUCCCUGACUGGAGUGUGCAGAAAUAUGGAGCCAAAGGAUACCAGCACAGAUGAAAUGUGUGAUGAAUGCGAUAGCUGUGUUCAAACCCUCACAGAUGACCUGGAAAGAAUGGAUCGGGAUCUUGCAGAUUUAAAAGCACAGCUCCAAAAUGUUAAUGCAAGUGCUUUUGCCCAGGAAAGAAUGAAGAAAUUGGAAAAAAAUAUUGAGGAGACAAAGAACCUGCUAAACAGAUACCGUUCCAAUGUGACGAGCCAGAGAUUGAAGGUUAACGAGUUAGAGUCUGGCACCAUUGAUCUUACUCAAGAUAUAACCAUACUGGGGGAAAAGGCGGACAAGAAUUCCAAAAAUACACAGACUGUGUUUAACAAUAUUGAGCAGACAAACCAGCGAGCCCGAGACCUGGUGUCUGAAGUCCAGGGUGUUUGGAAGAGAAUUCAAGAGUUGCUCGCACAGCUGAAGGACACAAAUUCAGGUGGUUCCGGGCUGCCGUCAGGGGACAUUGGGAAGAAGCUGGCUGAGGCUGAGCGCAUGGUGAGGGAGAUGGAGCAACGUGACUUCAACACACAGAAGAUGCGGGCAGAGAGAGAAAGAGAGGAGGCUCAGAAAUUGCUGAACCGUGUUAAGAAUAACUUGGUUAAACAACUUGAGGAAAACCAGAGAAAGUCUGAAAAGGUCUCUGACUUGCUGAAACAGUACGAUACGAAGCUGAAUGACCUCCGGGAUGCACUGAAAGAAGCUUCUGGAGCUGUUGACAAAGCCAAUCAAUUAAACAGGGGAAAUCUCCUUGCAUUAUCAGAUAUCAAGACGAGGAUGCAAGAAUUGAAGCAAGAGAAAGAAAAAGUUGAAGAUCAGGUUAAACUGGCCAAAGUUCAACUUGACCAGACCAAUGACCUUCUCAGGAAGCUGGACGAGAGCCGUGUGGAGUAUGAAAGGCUCGCAGCUCAGCUCGAUGGAGCAAAAUCAGAACUCGGUGAUAAAGUAAAGGAGCUUUCUCAAGUUGGAAGCAAAGAAGACAUUGUUUUGAAGGCAGAGGAGCAUGCACGGAACCUAGAUCGGCAGGCAAAGGAGUUGCAAGAGGCUGUGAAAAAUGCAAGCAGUAAUUCCGCUGUGCGCUGUGCUGUUGACGGUAUUGAGGCUUAUAAGAAUAUCACUGAUGCAAUCAAAGCUGCUGAGGAUGCAGCUAACAGAGCCAAAGAGGCUGCCGACAAUGCCCUAAAUACCGUGCAACAAGAGGACUUGAAUAGCAAAGGCAAAAAGCUAAGAGACGAUGGUGACAAACUGUUAAACGAUGCAAAAAAUACAGAGGCAAAGUUGAAAGAGGCUAUCCCCGAACUUAACAAUUUAAACAAACGUUUUGAGGUUGCAAAAAACAAGGAGAAAACCCUGCAGAACGACCUGCGAUCAGCACAAGAUGAACUCGGCAAUAUUAAAAGAGAUGAUAUUUCAGACACUAUCAACCGUGCAAAGGAUAUGGCUGGCAGGGCCCAAGACAAAGUAGGGGAUGUUAUGAACAAGUUGAACCCAAUCAAAACUGAAGUGGACAAGAUUAAAAACAGUAAUGGGGCCAGUCCCGUUGAUCCCAAUUUAAACAAGGUUUUAGAUGAAGUUGAUCAAUCAGUGAAAAACUUAAGCAGUGCCAUCCCAACACUCUUGGACAAGAUGGACAAGGUUGAGGAGAUGAGCCGGCAACUAACCCCUAGCAGUAACAUCUCUGACAAUGUAGAGCGCAUCAAGGAACUGAUUAAGCAGGCCAGGGAUGCUGCCAACAAGAUUGUUGUGCCCAUGAUUUUCAAUGGCAAUUCUCAUGUAGAGGUACAGCCUCCCCGUAACCUUGAAGACUUGAAGGCCUAUACUUCCCUGUCACUGUACCUCCAUAGACCUGUAGUCAGAGGAGACCGCCGUCGCCAGACGGACAGUGGAAAUAUGUUUGUGAUGUACCUGGGCAAAAAAGAUGCUUCGACAGACUAUAUAGGCAUGGCUCUGAGAGACAAUACGCUUUUUUGUGUUUACAACUUGCGAGGUAAAGAGCUUGAGAUUCAGAUGGACACAGAGGUCGCAAAAAGUCCUCAAGACCAAUCUAUUCUGGACAAGGUCAAGUUUGAGAGGAUUUACCAAAAUGCAAAACUCCUUUACACUAAAUCAUCCACUUCUACCUCACCGGAAAACCAACCACCAAUAACCAAAGACGGGGAUUACACUGAUAACCUCCUAAAUCUUGAUCCCAAUGAUGUUGUGUUUUAUGUUGGAGGAUUUCCCGCUGAGUUUAAGCCACCACGUACCCUUAAUUUACCAAAAUACAAGGGCUGCAUUGAAUUAGAUGCCUUAAAUGACGAAGUCAUCAGCCUGUAUAACUUCAAGAAAGUUUACAACGUGAACGUGGAUUCACCCUGCAAAAGAUACAAAGAAGGAUCUGACCAGUAUUUCUUUGAAGGCACUGGUUUUGCACGUAUAGACCUAAAAGACAAGUUUAUCGGCCAAUAUGAGUUUACUAUUCAAACAAACUCAGAUAAUGCAUUACUGUUCUACAUUGAAAAUGAGAAGAACCACUUCAUUGUAACCUUAGAGCAAGGUAAAGUUGUAUGGCGUGGCAAAGUUGAAAACAUGCAAGUAAAAGAAACAAGAACAUCAGAGAAGAUCUUUAAUGGAAAUGACGCCGUGAGGAUGGUUAUAUAUUUAAGGGAUAAACAAUUCAUUAUAUCUAUGGGUAGCAACCUUAUCAGAGAAAGUAUUGAUAUACAAGGCCCCUUUAGUGAAUAUUACAUUGGUGGAGUAACAACAUCGAUAAGAAAGAGUAAAAAUAUAAACAUCCCACCACUAAGAGGCUGUGUUAAAAACAUGAAACAUCCUAGUGGUAACGCAGAACUCAGAGACACAGUUGGCAUUAGUAGAGGAUGCUCAAGUGACUCAUUGCUUGCUCGUUUCGCAAGUGUCGGACUCGGAGGGUAUCUGGACGUUGCCCCAAAUGGUUUUGAACUUACCAACGACGUAGUGGUAGGACUGGGUUUCAGAACAACACAGACUAAUGUCCCUCUUCUGCAGAACAGCCAGGCGGGCAGCAAACUAGAUCUGAGAUUGAAUGAGAAUGGCUUUGUCACAUUUAACCUAGACGGUAAAAUAUUGAAGACAGAUAAGAACUAUGGGGAUGGUAAAUGGCACUAUUUGGUUGCUACAAAAAAUUCAGAGGGGACCAAACUCAUAGUUGAUGAAACAGAAGAAGGGAAAGUUGGACCCCGUUCAACCUCAGAUGUCCAAAACAAUAAAAGCAACAUAUAUCUUGGAAAAGACCAAUUUGAUGGUUGCAUCACAGAUGUUUAUUUAAAAAGGUCAACUGCUCCUUAUGAUGUUGAGGACUUAAGGACAUACUCGAAAACAGAGAAUGUAUCGCUGGGUGUCUGCAACACUGAAGAGCCACCUCAAUCAAUAAUGCUCAAGAAAAACUGGAGCCGCACAAAUUUAAACAGGGAUAAACCAGUCAAGGUGUGCCGCUUGCCAAAAACUACCAGUGGUGCCUAUCAUCUCUCUUUACUCAGUGGCUUGGUAUACGAUUUCAAUCCUAAAUCUCUUCAAGAAGGGUCCCAUUUCUCUGUAGACAUCCGCACAAAUUCAGAAGAAGGCUUGAUCUUUUUUAUCGGCAGUGAGCAUGGGGCUUCACAUUUAGCCCUUUAUAUUUCCAAUGGGCGUAUAGUGUUUUCAUUGAGCUCAUCUGAAAAGAAACGCAGAAUAUCCAUCAAAGAAAAAUAUAAUGAUGGCCAAUGGCAUACAGUUAUGUUUGGAAGGGUGGGAAAUAGCAGUCGCCUUGUUAUUGAUGGACUCAAAGCACAAAAUGGCUCCUUCCCACAAGGCUCUUCUAUUGAGCUGCGGUCACCAAUGUAUCUUGGUUCACUUCCAGCUUCGUAUAGUGGGACCUCAGGACUCAAGAACAUUCCCAAUCACAGUAUUGUUGGAUGUGUUAGGAAUUUAAAAGUUAAUGGUCAAAAGAUGUCAGCACCUACUGGGAAUAGAAGAGUUGCUCCUUGUUUUGUUGGAAGAACUGAAAGUGGGGUUUACUUCUCAGGAAACCACGGUUAUGUUGAUUUUGGUAACACUAAUGAUGUGGGCAUGGAUUUUCAGCUUGUGUUUGAGGUCCACCCUAGAAGCCUGACUGGGGUUUUAUUUCACUUCCGUGGACAAAGCGGUGACCACCUCAGCCUCUUUCUGAAUAAUGGACAGGUAACUGCUAUGGUGAAAAACGGAAUGGGUAACUUCAGCACAUCGGUCACACCUCAGCAGUCACUUUGUGAUGGAAUGUUUCACAGAAUUGCAGUAAAUAAAGGAAGAAACGUAAUCCAGGUGGAUGUGGAUACGAAGCACAAUUACACAGUGGGAACAUUGCAUUCACAGUCUACAGAUACGGAACAUCUUUACAUUGGGGGCAUUCCAGAUACAGUACCCAGUCCAAUACUUCCUGUCAGCACUUCAUUUGUCGGCUGUUUACAGAAUCUGCAAAUCAAUGGGAGCCCUGUGUCAUUCAACAGAGCAGAAGUCCAUGGUCCUGUGAUUCUCAGCGGGUGUCCAUUGGCUUAAGAUGGUGUUCUUCAACACAAGACCACUAUGUGCAAUGUUUUAUGGAUGUGUGAAUGCUGAAUUUAUUGCUGGCCUGUAGUCGUAUUUUUGCUUCACUGUAUCAUGCUAAUUCUAUGUGCCUCUAGUAACUUUUUAAAAGUUUUUUAAGUUAUACAUUUGUUACUCCUAUGUACAUAUUUCUGUUAAGAUUAGCAGUGUAUUGGGGGGUACCGCUUACAACAUGCUCAAGUAAAUGUGUAUUUAAUUCUGGUAAACACUGGUUUAGAAAAAAAAGCAUUUAAAAAUUAGACAUUACAGUAUCGCCAUUUACAGUGCAAUUGGUAUUAAAAGCUGUACAAUAUAACAAGCAUGCAAGGAAUAUCUGCAUUUUUGUACAAAUUAUGUGGGGCCUAAUAAAAUAUAUUCUUUACCACUUCCUUAAAAUUAGUUUUUUAUUAAUUUACUGUCUGUUAGAAUUGGUAGUAUGAUACAAUCCACAUGAAUUUGCCACAAUUCUAAAAACUGUUUUUAAAUACAAUUUACUGUGGAUAUUAGGCUACACCUUUUAAAUUGUGUCAGUAAUUAAAAUGUGGUUUUGUAUGAA